CCCCCUCCCUCCUCCCAGUAAAAAAUCCACUACCGCCGUCGCCACGCACACCCACUUCUACCACGCCUUCCUUCCUCCUCUUCCCCUCCCCCUCUCUCCCCGGCGCAGCGCAGGCCGAGAGGUGCCGUACCGUACGGGGCGCUAGGGUUUACUCCGCGCGGCUCGGGAUCUCGCGCCCCCCCAAUGCAGCCCCCGCCGCCGCCGCCGCCGCGUCGCUGAUCCCGUGGCCGCUCCCUCCGCCUCCGCCGCGGCAGCGCCGCCAUGGCGCGCCGCCACGGGUGGCAGCUCCCCGCCCACACCCUGCAGGUGGUUGCUAUAACAGUGUUCUUCUUGCUGUGUAUAGCAUUCUAUGCUUUCUUGUCUCCGUUUCUUGGGAAGGACCUGUAUCAGUAUAUUGCAAUCGGUGUUUAUAGUUUUCUGGCUUUAUCGGUACUGAUUCUAUAUGCUAGAUGUACUGCUAUUGAUCCUGCUGACCCUGGCAUCCUGAUUAGCGUCAAUGGUGCACUAAUCUAUAAAUCAGAAGCAAACGUAGACACUCAAGAAGAAGCUGGCAAAUCAGGAUUGGAAGCCAACGAGGAAAUCAGAAAGCAUAGAUCAUGUUUAGGAACUGGUUGUUUUUGUUGUGCUAUUUUUAAGAAAGAGGAUUGUCGCAAAGAAGAUGAAGCUUACCAACAAGAAAAUUAUGCUGAGGAGGCACUCUUUUGCACCCUUUGCAACACAGAGGUGCGAAAAAAUAGUAAACAUUGUCGGAGCUGUGACAAGUGUGUUGAUGGUUUUGAUCAUCAUUGUCGGUGGCUGAACAAUUGUGUUGGAAGGAGAAAUUAUAUGACUUUUUUGUGCCUUAUGGCUGUGAGUCUUGCUUGGCUUGCGGUUGAGUGUGGAGUUGGUAUAGCUGUGUUUGUACGUUGCUUCACUGAUAAAGCAGCAAUUGAAGAACAAAUAGGAGAAAAGCUGGGCUAUGGUCUUUCACGAGUGCCCUUUGCAGUCAUUGUGGCCCUGAGUACAGCUCUUGCUGUGCUUGCUUCAGUGCCCCUGGGGGAGCUGUUCUUCUUCCAUAUGCUAUUAAUCAAGAAGGGCAUCACAACUUAUGAAUAUGUUGUGGCAAUGAGGGCUCAGAGUGAACCUCCUGGUCUCUCUGUCAAUGAUGAGCAGCAAAGCUUGCCAUCUUCUCCCAUGAGUUCUGCACCAACUGCUUUCAGCGGGAGCUCGUUCGCACGGCACUACAAAGGUGCAUGGUGCACUCCACCGCGCAUCUUUGUUGACCAGGACGAAAUCAUUCCACACUUGGGACCUGGGCGAUUACCUUCAACUGUUGAUCCUGAUAGCACAGACCCGGUCGAAAGAGCCAAACAACACGCCAAGCGCCAAGUUCGCAUUAACCCAUGGAAGCUGGCAAAACUGGAUUCAAACGAGGCCAUGAAAGCCGCAGCAAAAGCCAGAGCCUCUUCAUCCGUGCUGAAACCGAUCAAUAGCCGUUCCCAUUACGACGCCGACCAGUGCUCCAGCGAUAACCUCAGCUGCAGAAGCAGUGUAAUGAGUGCUGAUACUAGCAACCACAUCGACACUCGGUCUGGCAGGAAUGCUCCGUACAAGUCCCCUUAUCCACCCAGCAUAGCAAGUGCAGAUGACAUUGAGCUGUAUCCUCAGACACCCAGCAGCUUCCAGAGCAACUCGCGGACUCCGACGCCCAUUGCAGAGCACCAUCCCUCGAAGCAUUUCAACCCAAUCUAUCAGACAUCAGCCAACAGGUCCCCAUUCUCAGCCAAAGCAAAUGAAGCGGCUAUACCAGAAGCCAACAACGCAAGGAGGUUUAGUGUGCCGAACACAGAUAGAUCUCCUCGGUCAUCGGUUUACUGGGAUCAGGAAGCUGGCCGGUUCAUGUCUGCGCAGGCAAACCAGGGACCGAGCUCUCGGGUAACCCGGCCCGACCUUCUGUACACCGGUCAGUCUAUAUUCUUUGGUGGACCUCUGAUGACAGAUUCUGCGACGAGAAGUUUCAGAGACCCUGGCGGCUCGAGCCAGCGCUCCGGUGUGUCUCGGCCUCACCAGCUCCCCGUGUUCAUUCCCGCUGAUCCCCAGAAAGAUCACCUCCCCAAGUUGCCAUGAAAUGAACUGUUUUCGGAGUAUCCGCGCGAAGCACCUGUUUCUCUGCUUCAUGGUGGCAUGAUGCAAUGUAUAGUUCUCAGUUCUUGCAUCAGACCUUUUAGGUUAUGAUUUUGUGUCAGCUAGGUGGAAAUUGAAAUUAAUUUAGUAACGAUUGUAAUACAGAAUCAUGAAGUCUCUUUUGUUUAUCAAGGAAAAGGAUGUCUAAGCUGUUGGA